GUGAUUCCCCUCCAAUUCCUCGCCGUCGUCUAAGUCAACCGACUUGUAAAACAGGGGUGAAGAUCACAAGGAAAAUUAAUCGGCAAGACGACAGCAUUUUUCGAAAGUGCUAUUAAUGGCGGAGCAAGCUGUUAAGCUACGGUGUCAGCGAAUCGGCUGCAACGCUACGUUCACGGAAGACGAUAAUCCCGAGGGUUCCUGCUCUUUCCACGAUUCGGGUCCUAUAUUUCAUGAUGGAAUGAAAAAGUGGAGCUGUUGCAAAAAAAGAAGUCAUGAUUUCAGCUUAUUCCUAGAAAUUCCCGGAUGUAAGACAGGUAAGCACACAACGGAGAAGCCAGUGUCGAUUAAGCUAGCUGCUACUAAGACAAUUCGAACUCCUAGUCCUGUUGUUACUCUUUCCACCAGUGCAACAUCAAAAGAAUCUUGUGCUAGGUGCUCUCAGGGUUUCUUUUGCUCUGACCAUGGUUCACAGCCCAAAGCACCGAACCCCACCCCAGCUGCACCGGCUAACUGCAGUGCUGAUGUUGAGGAGUCUCCUCCUCCACCCAAGAAGAUAGUUGAUAUAAACCAGCCUCAGACAUGCAAAAAUAAAGGAUGUGGUAAAGUUUUCAAACAAAUAGAUAACCAUGAGACUGCAUGUAGUUACCAUCCUGGACCUGCUGUUUUCCAUGACCGAGUGAGAGGGUGGAAGUGCUGCGACAUAUAUGUUCAGGAAUUUGACGAGUUUAUGACCAUUCCACCAUGCAAUAAUGGGUGGCACAAUGCUGAUCCAAUGCCUUAGGCCAUAAGCAUGACUCCAUGAGGAGGAUAAAGUUCGUCAUCUUAAAGAGGUUUCUUUUAUCUUUUUUGUUCUUUUUUUGAAGUCACUUUCCGAUUAUUUACCGCAACUGUAAUCUAGGAUAUGCAUCGUCUAU